AUGUUUUUUCCACAUAAACAAACGGGAGUUCAGCUUACUUAUGGUGUUGAUGCAAUUCAGUAUGAUCCUACCAAUAAAACGAAACUUUGGGAUUUUGGCUGUUUGAGGGAUCAAAAGCUGCACCUUUACAAGAUUGACGGAUCGACCAUUAGACCAAAGCAAAUGGCCACCAAACCAUACAACAUCAAGGGCAGAAAAAAAGUGCUUGAUCAAUUACACAAUGACAUUUAUAUACCUGAUACUAUUGUCUAUAAUCUCGAUUCGGAGUCAGCAGUAUUCAAUUCCACCUCACGAUUUGAUCCAACGAUAUCAGACCUUGUGGCUCCAACAAGAUUUGAAUCUUCUAAUAGAAAUGAAGUGGUUGCACACGUGUCAGGCUCUUCUAGCAGUGUGCUUAUAGUCUCUCAAAUAGCCUAUGAGGCUGCAGUUUUGGUGGAAAGCUUAGGCUCAAACCCUCAACUUGAACAUUUUACCAAACUUCCUAUUUUGACAAAUUUGACAACUCUCGAUUUCAUAUCCCCGAUUAAGCAGAUCAGUUGGGCACGAUUGAAAGAUGCUGAUGGGAAGGUCUUUCCCAUUUUAUCGGUUAGAACAGUCCGAUCUGUCCAGCUCAUGGAAAUCCAUAACACUAAAGAUCUAUCUAUUAUAUGCCAUUUUGAUAGCAGUGAAUACUUUGAAGGAGAUCUUUCAGAUUUUGCAUUCAACCGAAAGAAUAACAAACAAUUCUCAAUAAUGGAUAAUGAUGGGAAUCUUAAAUGUUUUGAAUUGUCUAAUUCUAUAUUGACCGAAAAGGGAGGAUGUACUAUUUAUGACCCAAUGGAACUUUCCAACUACAAACAAUCACUUUUUGUCGAUGAUAAAUCUUUGUUUAUCUGGUGUCGUUCAUCUUUAUAUCAUUACAAUUUCAAAACAAUGACAUGUAUUGUUGAGUUGACGUCAUGGUCAAAGUUACUAUUCGUUGAACAUGCGGAGGGUUAUCUGUUUGUAUUGACAACUAAGGAACUGAUAGUGGUCGACUCAUUCACCUUUGAACGUUUAUUUUCUUGGAAACACUACCUCAGAGACCAUGAUAUGUCCUUGAAACUUCAUCUGUAUCAAGUUGAUGGUCGAUUCAUGUGCUUUCUUUAUUCGGGUUGUCAUUCUGUCGUUGAAAUACUGCAGCUCGGUUUCACCAAAUCAAGCCAUCAAUUCCAUCUGCUGAAUGAUCCACAAUACAUAACGCUGGAAUCCUCAGAUUCAGUGAGAUCACUCUCCGUGCUUAAAAUUCCACAGGAGAACAAUGACUCCAAUAAAUCUCAUCAGUUGACCAUAUUCAUUAUUUUUUAUGUCAACCUGAACAACGAAUUUGCGUUUGCAUUAUUUUCCCCAACACCUGAUUUGAAGAUGGAAGAUGAUGAACAAUUGGAGGUCUUACCGUACCUGAGCCAAUCAGAAUUAAACAGUAGGACAUCAAAGUCACCUCUUUCCUUGUCAGAGGUCAAUCGCAUUUUUGAGAAUUGUCUUCCUUCUUUUGGGGACGUAAAUUCUGUUCAUAUAAUCCAAGACUAUGCCUAUGCUUUGGGAGAGUAUUUGGACUCAUUUGUAAAAUCGAACAACGACUCUCGCUUGAAGUGUCUUGGUAAAGUUAUACCUCAGCCAAAGUAUAUUGAUGAUUUUGAGGAGUUAGACUCCAUGAUUAAUCAGCUCUACUUUCAUUUUGAAAACUCAAAUUUGUUGUUUGACAUAUCGAAUACUUCAAUGCUCAAGCCAAUUUUUGGACCAAGUUUUCAGUAUUCCAUGACCUCAGUCCAGCAUUUCAUCAAGUGCUUGUGGACUCUUCCUCCAGAAGCCUCAAAAGAAGUAUCUCAACCAUUUGUUGAAACUUGUAACAAAAUAACCCAGUUUGUUGGUCUAAACAUGAUUCUUGUCCGAAACAUAGGAGCUGAAGAUACCAUUCCAGACCUGAGCCUAGAAUCAUGGGAAGAUCUGGUCUCUGAUUGGGAUAAUGAGUAUGAUAAUUCACUCAAAACUUCUAAACAGCAGAAGAUUAACCCAAAAAAGGCCUUCACGCCAGUGCAAUCACAAAUUCCAACCAUCAAUCUCUCACAGAAACAGAAAAAUAAGAACACUAACUCCCAAUUAUCAUUUUCCCAGUUAACGCAAAAACCACACUCGCAAACCCAAUCUCAAGUAAACUCUCAACGGGCGUCCUCACAAUCGCAGCAAGCUAAGAAAAGAAAAAAGAGAUUAGGAGGUUUUGCGUAG